GGGCUGCAUACACAAGGAUGCAGCUUCAAGUGUCGCUUAGCAUGAGAGUUAUAACCAUAUCGAAUAACAAUGUGUUUAUUGACUUGAUGAAGAUCACGGUGGCUGCUACACAUAUAUCGUAUAGAACCCUUUUCCAUACCAUUCUGAUCCUCGAUUUCUUCUUACCUUUUAUCUUCAUUCUCACCGCCCUCUUCACUCUUGAAGGUGUCGACAAGUGCUCCUCAUUUGGUUGUUUAGGUAGACGCUUAGGUCCAAGGCUUCUCGGGAGAGUCGAUGAUUCGGAAAUACUAGUUAGGGACUUGUAUGAGACCCUGAAUCAAGUAAACAGAGAGAAAAUCCCAGAAGGUGUAAAGCUUCCGGAUUCAUUUAUACAACUUGUUUCUGAAAUGAACAACCAAUAUGAUGCAAAGACCUUUGCAUUAAUGUUAAGAGCAAUGGUAGAAAAACUCAAAAGAGACACGAGGGAGUCUAAAUUUUCAGAGUUGAUGAACAAACACUUUGUAGUGAGUUCCAUCCCCAGAGGAAUUCAUUGUCUUUCUCUGCGUUUAACGAAUGAAUAUUCUUCCAAUGCUCAUUCACGUAGACAACUGCCUACUCCCGGGCUUCUUCCUGUGGUUUCUAACAAGUCUUACCACCAUUUUAUCCUGUCAACAGACAACAUAUUGGCUGCCUCGAUCAUUACUUCCGCUAUAGAAUCAUCGCUACAACCCGACAAGAUUGUCUUCCACAUCAUCAUCACAGACAAGAAAACAUACGCAAGUAUGCAUUCUUGGUUUGCAUUAAACCCUGUAUCACCCGCCAUAGUUAAAGUGAAAGGUGUUCAUCAAUUCGAUUGGUUGACUAGAGAGAUCGUUCCUUUGCUAGAAGAUGUAGAGAACCAUAAAGACAAAAAAUUUCUAUCACGGAAGUCAUAUUACAUGUUGGGAAAUAACCGAGUAAUUUCCCUAUAA